UAACUGUAGCUUAAAAAUCGUUGAUAAUGUUCGGCAUGCAGCAAAGAUAUGAAGUGAGCAAGUCUGUGUGUUAUGGGAAAUUUAGUUCUGGUUAAAGCAAAAAAAAAACGGAAGAAUGCUUGGUACAUAAAUAAGUACAACGUCUACAUACAAUGAGUACUUCUACUUACCGGGACCGUAACUUCGUCGAUAAAUUUUCCAAGCCGUUGCAAGCGGUUUUGGAAAGCACGAGUGUGGAGUUAUUAAAUUCGUUUUUUUUCAACGACACUCGUAAUCAAGUCUUCGACGUCACCAAAACCCUCGAUGUUGUUUACGACUUACAAAACUGGGAAGAGGAAAUUAUCCACACAAUUCCUACUGUCCAUGCAAGGCCAAAUACCCUGAAAGUUCUGCGAUCAAAACUGCUGCAACACAAGUGGGGGGAUGCUGCACUUCUUCUGCUUGGAUUUUGUAAAUUGCAUUGGAGCAGACGUGGCAUGAAUAUUUACAAUGAAAUUAAAUGGAGGGUGGGAAAUGAUGUUAUAUUUCACCAUCCAGCUGGCUGCCACAAUGCAGAGAUACAUAUCACUCAUAAGCGGAUAAUGGGAAUAAGCUUUGAGAGUAUUGAUCAAACCCAUAUCAUGAUUGAACAUGUGUUUGGUCUUUUGAUGGAACAUGACUUUUCAGCCGCUAAGGAACAAAUGCAGAAUUACAGAAUGAUCGAUAGAUCUAUAACGAAUCGUGAUAGGCGGGCACAGGAUAUUAAAACCUGGACACCAACCUGUGAGGGUUAUCUGGGCUUGCUUGAGUAUGUGUUUUGGAAGCAACUGAUUGUUGAGGAAGAUGAAGAAGAACAUGGGCAGUUUAUUAGCACAUCAUUUCAUGUCAGCAAGAAUACAACUUGUGAGAAGCUGGCUGAAAAGGCCAUUGGCCAUAUUUCGGGAUUAGUUUCAAAGCCUGGUGUUUGGGACAUUUUUAUUUUAAAGCUGAUAGAAAUUUACAUGUUUUAUGAAAAUUUGUCCGAAGCGCAAGAAGACCUAUGUAUGUAUUCGUGCAUGCAUGAGUUAAAUCCGAAUGCUCAUAGGUAUCUCUACAACUUUCUAACUAGUACUACAUCUGAAGAAACCGACUUAAAAAUUGAAACUUUAAAAAGACUGCAGCGGAUUGACCCUGCUUCAGAAUUAAUGUUGGAUCUGCAUCAUUUGCUGUUAAACCAAUGGUUAGAAGCAAUUAAGCAAGACCCUGAAGAAAAUCUAGACAAAGAACAAGAAAACGGCGAUGUUAUUCCAGCUUUAAAUGUUCUUAUAGAUAUGCUGGAUUAUCCUUGCUGGGCAACUGAUGUAGAAAUAUGGCAGGUUUUUAGCAAAGCGUUAAAACUUGCACGUAAGUGUAAGGGUACCCAUAAAAAACGAAUUGUGGAAAAACUUUGGAUAGAGUCAGGUCGAAAUAGUUGGUGGCCGAAAUUUCAUUUUAGUUCUAAUGAUUCUGACUCAAUCGAAGAUUCUGUUAAACGAUCAAAACAUUCUGUUGCCAAGUUUUUUGGUGAUAGAAAUAGAAAGUCGCUUUUGGGUAAAAGAAAAAGAAAAGACAGCGGUAGCUGAUUAUAUUACAAAAGUUGUAAUGUAAACAUCUUGACAUAUUUUGUUAUCAGUUCUUCAGUUUACUGUAGUAGCUUUAUUAUUACAUUUUUUGUCUUGACAGGAAUUUAAGUACCUCCUAUUUUAUAUGUUUUACGUUGAUUGUAAACAUUAAUAGGAAUAAGUUUUGAAACUUUCAGUCCUAAUGUUUACGGUAGUAGCUUUAUUAUUACAUGUUUUUGUCUUGAAAUGAGUUUAAUUACCUCUUAUUUAAGGUAGA